AUGAUGUGGCGUAAUGGUUUGAAACAUUCUUAUCGUUCAAUUAAUUCGAACGGUAUUAUAGUGAGUGAUUUUAUUAACGAAAUUCCACCCGUAGAAAUAAUUGUUAAACAAUACUGUGAAGGAACCGAUAAAAAUUCGUUUUAUGAUAUUUUGCAAAAUGAAGAAAUUGUUGUACCAAAUUGUAAUAAUAAAUAUGUAUGUGGUCCUUAUGUUCGAUUUGAUUGGAGAAAUCCUAAUCAUAUAUCACUGAAGACACGAAAAUGUUUAAAUAAAAAUCCAUAUUAUUAUAUAUAUGAACAAGCUGUUGGCAAAGAAGUAUUUUUUAAUAAAAUAUUAGCAAAUAAACAAUAUGCUAUACCAGUUGGUGAUAAAAAUAUUACUGAAGAUCUAUUGACUCAUAUAAUUGAUAUAAAACAAACAAAAUUAUCUGUAUUAAAAAUGUUUAUGAUUAUUCAAUCGUAUUUUUCUCGUGUUAAUUUAUUGAUUAAAGAUGUUUGUUUUAUGCUUGAUAAAAAUGGAAAACAAUUUUGGGGUGAAAUAAACCAAGAUUGUAUGAGAAUAACGAUGAUAGAUAAUAAUCAAAAUAAAGUUGAUAAAGAUAUAUGGCGAACAGGCGGAUCAUCAUCACGUGAACAAAUUAUGCAGAAAUGGAAUGAUUUUAAUAAGAUAUUUUUUGAUUAUUUUAUGAAAAAUAAAUUUCAUCAGACAGAACUUUUAAAUUAUAAUAAUUAUUUUUAUAUCGAAGAAAUUGAACAACUAUUAGAAAAUAAGAAAUUAAGAAUUCCUUCUAGUUUACAAGAAUUAUGGUUAAAUAUACGUGGAAAAACUCCUAGACGUAUUCUUGUCACAAUGGAUAUGUUCAAUGGACAACCAGUAUUAGUUAAAAGCUCACAAUUAUAUGAAACACAUAAUGAUGGAGAUUAUCGACAAGCAAUAGAAAAAUUGAGUAUUUUUCCAGAUAUUUUAAUUGUAGAUUUAGACGGAGCUUUUGGUGAAACAAAUACAAAAAAUCGACAAAUCAUUAAAAAAUUAGCACAAAAAUAUCAUGUUUUUACAGGUGGUGGUUUGCGAUCAUUAAAUGACAUUGAAGAUGUACUUAAAUCAAGUGUUCGUCGAUGUGUUAUAGCUAGUGCCAAUGAUGAAUUAAUUGCAAAAAUACCAAAAGAACGUUUAAUUGUAGAAAUAAGUGUCAAUGAACAAAAUGAAGUACUUAUUCAUGAUUGUCAAACAAAUACUCAUAUUAAUAUAAUUACAAGAAUUAAUCAGCUUAUUCAAAUCGGUGUUCAUGCUAUUAGUAUUACAUUUGUUCAAACAGAAGGAUAUUUAUCAGGAAUACCUCGUAAACAAAUACAAGAUCUUCUUUUAGAAAUUCCUGAAAAUAUUAAAAGAAUUUAUAUUGCUGGCGGAAUAAGUACAUUAGAUGAUUUAGAAUAUUUAUGGUCAUUUUCUCGUGUUAUUCCACAACUUGGAUCUGCAAUAUGGAAAAAUAAAUUGACUAUUGGAAGUAUAUUUAAUAGUAUGAUUAAUUUUGAUAAUAAUGGAACUGUAUCAGCUAUUAUUCAAGAUGUAAAUGGAUUAGUCAAAGGUUUAUGCUACAUGAAUCGUCAAUCAAUUGAACAAACAUGUCAAACAAGAAACUUAUUUAGAUAUUCAAGAAAAUUAGACAGAGCAAUUAUGAAAGGUGAAAUAUCUGGUGAUAUUCAACAUGUAAUUAAAAUUAGUUUAGAUUGUGAUUCAGAUGCUAUGUUAAUAACAGUUGAUUCAAGAAAACCAUUUUGUCAUACAGGUAGUCAUAGUUGUUUUAGUUUACAAACAAAUAUUAAAGCAAAUUUAGCUACAUUAGCUGAUCAUAUUAAAUUACAAAUAAAUAAUGAUAGUUAUUCAGGUAUGAUGCAAAGAAAUCCACCAUUAGCUCUUGCUAAAGUAAUGGAAGAAUUUUGGGAAGUAAUGGCCAGUGGUCAAGAUAAUCAAGUUUCAGAAUGUAGUGAUUUAUUUGUUCAUCUUGUUAUGUAUUUAAAUGGAAUUGGUAUAAAAAUGGAAGAUAUUUUUAAUGAAUUAAAUGCACGACGAUGGACACCAAAAAUAUUAACAGAACAAAUUGAAACAGCUGAGAAAAAAUCUAAUGAAAUUAUUAUAGGAAUAACUACUGCUAAAUAUACUGAUAAAACAGAUCGAUUUGCUGAAGAGCAGCUAGGAAUUAAAAUAAUUCGACAUUCAGGUAGAAAUCUACUUGUUGAAGGACAAAUAAUCGAUCGAGACAAAUUUGCAAAAUAUUUUGGUAAUAAUGAAAAUAUAAAGUUAUCAUUAUUUACAAGUAAGCCAAAAGAUAUGGCAUGGUUAUUAGCAUCAAAGCGUGUUACACAUCUUAUUACAUUUGAAAUUGUAGUUAAAAAUUAUCCAACAGUAUAUACUGUUAUUCAUGAAGCUAUUGAUCCAACAAUUUCUCUUGCACUUAUAUGUCGUAAAGGUGCAUCUAUAGAACCUGAAAAGUGGACACGCCAAAACAAACCAUUAAUUGCUACUGAACAUGUUUGUCAUGUAGCAAGAUUUUUUGAGCAAAACAAUAUAAAUCCUCACACAUAUCAUUUAGAUAGAGUUACAGGUUCAUCUGAAGGAUUUUUAAUCAAUACAGAUAAAUAUUUAUUAGCUGAUGCUGUUGUCGAAAGUGGAAGAACUCUUGAAGAAAAUAAUUUAGAAAUAUGGAAGGUUAUUAUACCACAAGGGCAAGUACAUAUUGCACUUUAUGGACGAUGUCAUUAA